GAUGUUGCAGAAUGGUGCCGCUUUUGACCAAUCGCCUGUCACCACUAACCCCCCAGUCGUGUCCACGAGCUUCGUUAACCCUGGGUGUUUGGAAAUGAUGGACGCGUUGUCGGUGGUGAGCCAGUUGCGGGAUCUGGCCUCGGAGCCCCAGAACCGAGAGGCGAUCGUGCAGGACCAAGGCUGCCUCCCCGGGCUGGUCCUCUUUCUGGAUCACCAGAGCCCCCAAGUGCUGCUCGCCACUCUCCAAACCCUCCGCUACGUGGCCGAGUUGUCCCCCAACAUUCCCACCAUGAAGAACGAGCUGGGGAUGAUGGUGAGCCUGGAGAACCUUACGACGAGGGAUGAGUUGUCUGUCGACAUCAGGGAUUUGGCGAAGGAGGUGUACGGAAUUCUCUCGGCGCCUCCUCUUCCUGCCCAUCGCACACCUGAGAGGGAAAGGAGAAAAAAGUCACAGUUCUUCCUGAAUUCGUCCAACAAGAAGGCCAAGUGUGUCACCUUGCACAUUCAGGGCCUGGACAGCGCUGACCAGCGUGGCCUGUGCGAGGAGGCUCUGCUGAAGGUGCGAGGCGUGAUCAGCUUCACUUUUCAAAUGACCUCCAAGAGAUGCACCGUGCGCAUUCGCUCCGAUUUGCCCACCGAGAAUCUGGCCUCGGCCAUCGCCGCCACCAAGGUGUUGACUGCCCAACAGGUGGUGAAGAACGAGGCGGGAGAUGAGGUCUUCAUCCCCCUGAGCGCCUCGGGAGCGGCGGCGGCGCCACGCGACUCGGCCCUGCCGGACUACCUCCCCGAAGACGAAGAGGAGAAGCCGGAGGAGGCGCGUGCCGUGUCGCGGGCCGCCGCCAAGGACGACGCCAGCGGCAGCUGGCUCAACGCCGCCGCCGGUUUCCUCAGCAGGACCUUCUACUGGUGACGGCCGCCUCGCCUCACCAAUUUCCUGUGGACUGCUGAAAGGCGCAAACAUUAUUCCAUGAACGCCUUUUGAUGUUUCCAAAGGCUUGAAAAGUGUGCGCUUAGUUCAUGUAAAUAUUUUGCUUUCAUUAUGAUCAUUUCAACAUUCAAGCUUUUCUUUCAAGUGUCUUUUCUUGUGCAUUUCAUCACCUCGUUUGCUGAGAGCGCCUUCCUUCCUUCCCUCAAAAAGAACUGGUGCGUUGGUAGCACGCUUAGGUUUUGCGGACGGACAUCCGCACCCCGAUUAAUUGUCACGGUCAUGUUCAACUUGGAAAAACAAUAAAGGCCCCACCUCAAAUGAACAAUUAA